GGGGCGUCCGUGGGGAGCAGUCGUGCCUCGCUGACGUCACCCCGCAGCCGCUCGGCGAGCGAGGGCUGAGCAGCAGCAGCAGCAGCAGCAGCAGAAGGUGAAGCGGAGGCAGCGGGCGCUGUGCUGGGUGGACUUCCAGGGCCUGGGAGCGAGGAGCGAGGAGCUCGGGCGGAUUUUCGAGCGUGAAACUUUGGCGCCGAGGCUCCGAAGCCGACCAGGACGAUCUCGACCGCCACGCCGUUGCCCUGUGUGCUCGAAGGGACCCGCAAGAGUGACUCCAUGAAAGAUGUCAGAAGAGGUGAUUGUUAUCGCCAAGUGGGACUACACUGCACAGCAGGACCAAGAACUUGACAUCCGGAAGAAUGAGCGGCUGUGGCUCCUGGAUGACUCCAAAACAUGGUGGAGGGUCCGGAAUGCAUCCAACAGAACGGGCUACGUACCUUCCAACUAUGUGGAGCGCAAGAACAGCCUGAAGAAAGGCUCUCUGGUGAAAAACCUCAAGGACACUCUCGGCCUGGGCAAGACGAAGCGAAAGACGAGCGCGAGGGACACGUCUCCAACGCCGAGCACGGACGCCGAGUACCCGUCGAACGGCAGCGGAGGGGGCGGCGCCGAGCGAAUCUACGACCUGAACACGCCGGCUGUGGUGAAGUUCGCCUAUGUGGCGGAGCGGGACGACGAGCUGACCCUGGUGAAGGGCGCGCGCUUGCUGGUGAUGGAGAAGUGCAGUGAUGGCUGGUGGCGCGGCAGCUGCGAUGGGCAGAUGGGCUGGUUCCCCUCUAACUACGUCCAGGAGGAGGAGGCCGGAGAGGAUGGCGGCGACCCGCCCACCUCACUGGCCUCCCGGCCGGCCCUCGUAAACGGCCAAGCCCCCCGCGUGCUACACACAGUGCAGACCCUCUACCCUUUCAGCUCAGCCACAGAAGAGGAGCUGAACUUUGAGAAGGGCGAGCUCAUGGAGGUGGUGGAGAAGCCUGAGAAUGACCCCGAGUGGUGGAGAUGUAAAAACUGCCGCGGGCAGGUGGGCCUAGUGCCAAAGAACUACGUGGUGGUGCUCGGCGAUGGGCCAGCAGCAGGUGGCACGGGGUCCCAUGCCCAGCAGUACACCGGGCCCGCCCACACGGGGAGGUUUGCGGGGAAAGACUGGUAUUACGGCGACGUGACGCGGCACCAGGCGGAGUGCGCGUUAAACGAGAGGGGUGUGGAGGGAGACUUUCUGGUGCGAGACAGCGAGUCUUCUCCGAGUGAUUUCUCCAUUUCUCUGAAGGCGGUGGGAAAGAACAAGCACUUCAAGGUGCAGUGCAGCGAGGGCAUCUACUGCAUCGGUCAGCGCCGCUUCAACACCAUGGAUGAGCUUGUAGAGCACUACAAAAAAGCGCCCAUCUUCACUAGCGAGCACGGAGAGAAGCUCUACCUGGUCAAACCCCUCCAGUGACCUUCCAGCCACAAAUGAGCCUUAGGACCCAACCAGACCUCACGCUGAGCCAAGCCGUUCCUGCGCCUCCUUCCUCCUUUUCUCCUUUGUUGGUGGUUGUUUCUCACCAGCAAGUGGGCCGAAGCAAAGAGUGCCAAUGCAAGCAGGUGGACAUUUGAGGACUAUAAGUGACCCGUGCUGACUGAGAAUGGCGGUGCAGUUUUGUCUUUCAUUUUAUCUGUUGUCUUCUUAUUAUUCACUUGUUCAUGUCUUUUUUUUAUUGUUUUGUCCUUGGAGAUAGUAGAAGGAUGUUUAUAAUAAAUCUUGCCUUCAUCUAA